CCCAAAUUGCGAUCGACUAUGGCGCUGCGUGGGUUGUGGGUUGUUGUGGUGGUGGGGUUUGUGGUGGGCGGUGGUGGUGUCGGGUGGGCCAAUGCACAAUCAAGCAGCAGCGGCAGCAGUGGCAGCAGUGACGAUGGCCCUCCACAUGCCGCGGUGAUUGCCAACGACCAGCAUGGGAACUUGCACGUGAACACGACGACGGGGCGUGGCCAUGUGGUGGUGAACAACGUGGAUCUGACGGCCAAGACACAAAUGCUGUGGAACAACACAGCGGCGAUCGCCGCCACGCACGCUCGUCUAAUGGCUGCCCAUGAGAGCCGCAAGCAGGUGCUGGACGGCCUCACUGUCGGGCACGAGUUUCUGCGGGCCGCCCUCGACUACGAGCAGGAGCCCAGCGUGGCAGACGAGGUGGCAUAUGUGCUGCAGACGCCGAGCCACAAUUCCGCGGCGGACGUGGUCGUGGACCCGGCGGGCGGGUUUGUGUGCCAGCUGCUGAGCCAGUCCAACGUGGUUGUGGCUUGCGCGAACGCAGCUACCGGCAUGGACAUCUGGAGCAAGACGGUGUCUGAUGGCCCGUGGGGCAAUGCGCUGGCGUUGGAUGCGACGGCAACCCGCCUCUUCGUCGCCGGCAAGAUGACGUCCUCCCUCAUCAUGCAGCAGUCCGCGGUGACGGCUGGCGCCUUUGUUGCCUGCUUCGACGCCGAGAAUGGCACGCCUUUGUGGAGCGCACCAUUCCCUGGCCCGCACUCGUUUGCUUCGCUUGCGGUCAGCGGCAGCGGCGACGCCGUGUACGUUGCUGGCCAAUCAACCGGGGCGUUCCUGGACAACGCCCAUAACCGCGACAGCGACAUCAUCGUGGCCCGCCUCAACGCCACCACCGGCAACGUGGACUGGAGCGCCCAAAUCGGCAGCGGUGACAACGACAACGCAAAGGGCGUCGCUGUUGACGAGCAGGGCAACGUGUACGUGGCAGGCCUCACGGAAGACCCGCGCUCGUUUGGUGGCUCGAUCUUUGACCUGGAUGAUGCUGUGGUGAUCAAGUACAGCAGCGACGGCCGCCGCUCGUGGAUCAGCCUGCUCUCCACGGUCGGCGAGGAUUCCUGCUACGACAUCACCGCAGAUGGGCAGGGCGGCGUGGUUGUGGCCUGCAGGAGCAGCGUCAUCUACGAAGGCCCUGACGCCUCUGCGCGUGGUUCGAGCGCACACUUCUUCGUUGCCCGCGUCAACACGAGCGACGGCGGCAUUGUGUGGUGGGCGCACACGUCCACGGACGGCAGUGGCGAUACGUAUGCCAGGGCCAUCGUUAUGGACAGUGCACGCAAGCACGUGGUGCUGACCGGCUACACGGAGUACGCGCUCUCCCGCUAUCGACAGCAAGGCACCAACGACUUGUUUGUGGUCAAGAUGGCGGCGGCAACGGGCGAGGUUGUGUGGUCGACCCAGAUUGGAUCGCCCGAGACGGCAGUUGGGUAUGGGGUGGCUGUGGAUGCAGCAGACAACAUCUACGUGGCCGGGGCUGUCCGCAAUGAGCUGGUUGGACUGGCCGACCACGGUGCCUCCACAACCACGGGCCAAACCGACGCCGUCUUGGUCAAGUUCUUUGCGCCGUAGUGUUUGUGCUGCGUGUGUGUGUGUGUGUGUGCUGCGUGUGUGUGUGUGUGU